AAGUAGUUCAACAUGCAUUCAUUUACGCUGUACAGUGCACGCUCCACCAAGGUGCAAAGAAAGCGGCAAGGCUAGUAAGCUCGGCGGCGUUUGUAUCAUUUCUUAUUCACUUAGAGUAACUGGUGGAGAGCAAUAAUGCCUGCGAGAAAGCCUGCCAAGAGGAAAUCAGAUGUUCCCACGCCAUCAAAACAGACUAAAAAGGUCAAAGGAACUACCAUCACCCCAGAUGAGGGGGAGGCUUUGCUGGUGCAGCACCGGAGCCAUGGGAAGGAGAAGGGCUUGGUGCUGGUCCUGGGGCAGGGAGACGUGGGCCAACUGGGCCUAGGCGAGGACGUGAUGGAGCGCAAGAAGCCCGCCCUGGUCAACCUGCCCGAGGGGUUGGUGCAAGCGGUGGCCGGCGGGAUGCACACAGUCUGCCUGGGCGAGUCUGGGAAGGUCUACACGUUUGGCUGUAAUGACGAGGGCGCGCUGGGGCGCGACACGUCCGAGGAGGGCUCGGAGAUGUCGCCCGGCAAGGUGGAGCUGGAGGACCGCGUGGUGCUGGUGUCGGCCGGGGACAGCCACACCGCCGCCCUCACCGAGCAGGGCACCGUCUACGUCUGGGGCUCCUUCAGGGAUAACAAUGGAGUCAUUGGACUGCUGGAACCCAUGCAAAAGUCCGCUACCCCUGUGAAAAUGCCCAUUAAAGAGCCAGUGGUGAAAAUUGCAUCAGGUAGCGAUCACCUGGUGAUGCUGACUAAGGCCGGAGACCUGUACUCCUCUGGAUGUGCGGAGCAGGGCCAGCUGGGAAGAGUGGCAGAGUGCUUCGCCAACCGGGGAGGCAGACUGGGACUGUUGAGGUUGCUUUCACCCCAGCUGGUCCUGGUGAACUCUCGGGGAAAGGUGCGCUUCGUUGAUGCGUUCUGCGGUGCCUAUUUCACCUUCGCCUUGUCGAAAGAUGGCCAUGUCUACGGCUUUGGCCUCUCAAACUACCAUCAGCUAGGAACCCAAAGCACAAACGUGUGUUUCACACCUGUGAAGCUGACGUCUUUCAAGAAUUCCACCACCUCCUGGGUUGGCUUCUCGGGUGGACAGCAUCACACAGUCUGCAUGGACUCUGAAGGGAAGGUGUACAGCCUGGGCAGAGCGGAGUACGGCCGUCUGGGUCUGGGCGAGGGGGCGGAGGAGAAGACCGAGCCCACACCUGUGCCAGGUAUCGACGGAGCCCAGGUGGUGGCCUGCGGAGCCUCGGUCAGCUAUGCAGUCACCAAGCAAGGGUCGGUGUUCGCCUGGGGCAUGGGCACCAACCUGCAGCUGGGCACAGGAGAAGAGGACGACGAGUGGAGCCCCGUGGAGAUGGCGGGCAAACAGCUGGAGGGCCGCACAGUUCUCUCAGUGUCCAGCGGGGGGCAGCACACCGUGCUGCUGGUCAGGGACAAGCAGGAGAGCUGAUGAGCUUUUGCUCAGAGGGGAGAAGAAGCGAAAGAAGAAGAAGAAGAAGAAAGAAACAAAAAGAAAAAAAGGAACUGUCGAUUCUGUGGGUGUCUAAACGAAGCCUUUUUAAAUCAGGGGCGGGAUGGUAUUGGGGCGCUUCUCUGUGCUGGGCCUGUCUGUGGUAGAGGGGUUGAUGUGAGGCUUUUAUAAUGGCUGGAGGGGAGGAGGGACAAGCGCGUUUUUGAGAGGUCAAAGUCCUGACCAGAGUGAACCCAAACUUUUCACUGGAUGUGAUCCGAUAGAUCAUGACAAGAAAUGACGAUAUAAAAAAGAACAAGAGACUAUUUUUAUAAAACACAGGUUAUGCUUGAUUCUUUUUUUUUAUUCUUAAAUCCUUUUUAACGAGAGCCCGUAGAAUGCCUUUCAGGGAACCCAACCCAUUUCUCUGUGUGUGUGUGGUCUGUGUGUCUGCGCGUGUGUGUCUGCGUGUGUGCCUGUGCGUGUGUGUGGGUUUGCGUGUUUUUGCGGGAGUAACAAAAGGCAAUGGAUCUUUUUAGUGGCUCAUCCCACCUUUUAAGUUCAUUGAUCAGUUAAAGCAAUAAAUCAAAAGUUUCCCUCACAGUUCCACCUUCCAUACUCCAUUAGACAGAAACUGUACUUGGGAUGGCUCAAUGAUGUAUUGCAUUUAUUAAACUUUUGUUCAACAUUAA